UUGUGAGAGGCGACGAGAGAGCAGCGGUCUACUAGUCUGGAGUCCGUCUGAGGCCACGAUGGAGACGAUCCCGUGUUGUGUGGUUCUGGUUAUCCUAUUGUUCGUGACGAGGGUACAAGAAGGCGACGGACUGCAGUGCUACUGUGAUAGUUGCAGCUCUAACUCCAGCUGUACAACAGACGGGUUGUGUUUCGUAGCUGUGCGCAAGUCUGGCAGCCGCCUCAUCAAUGAGCGCAGCAUAUGUGUGGACGAGAAAGACCUCAUCCCACGGGACAGGCCCUUCAUCUGCGCUGUGUCUAUGAAGGAUGAGAAGGGGAUCUUUCCCAUUUGCUGCAACAAAGACUACUGCAACAAAAACCCUGACCCCAAGGUGUUCCAUGUCCCUCCAGAGAAGGCUGCCCCACUCGGCCCCGUGGCCCUCGCAGCGGUGAUAGCAGGGCCGGUGUGUGUGCUUUGCCUGGUGCUAGUGUUAGCUUUCUAUGUGUGCCACAGCCACCGCGGCUUGGGACUGGGGGCUGGUGGGGCUGGGGCCCACCACCACCACCACCACCGUGUGCCUAACGAAGAGGACCCUUCCCUAGACCAUCCCUUCAUCACAGUAGGCACCACCCUCAAGGACCUCAUCUAUGACAUGACCACCUCUGGAUCAGGAUCAGGAUUGCCUUUGCUAGUCCAGCGGACCAUUGCCAGGACUAUCAUUCUCCAGGAAAGCAUCGGGAAGGGCCGCUUUGGAGAGGUCUGGAGGGGCAAGUGGCGUGGAGAGGAGGUGGCAGUAAAAAUUUUCUCAUCUCGUGAGGAGCGUUCCUGGUUCCGUGAAGCUGAGAUCUACCAAACAGUCAUGCUGAGACACGAGAACAUCCUGGGCUUCAUUGCAGCUGACAACAAAGAUAAUGGGACAUGGACCCAGCUGUGGUUGGUGUCAGACUACCAUGAACAUGGAUCUCUGUUUGACUACUUGAACCGCUACACCGUCACUGUGGAGGGCAUGAUCAAGCUGUCCUUGUCCACUGCUAGCGGCCUGGCCCACCUUCACAUGGAGAUAGUGGGCACACAAGGUAAGCCAGCCAUUGCCCACAGGGACCUGAAGUCCAAGAACAUUCUAGUAAAGAAGAAUGGGACCUGCUGCAUUGCUGACCUGGGCCUGGCUGUACGUCAUGAUUCUGCUACUGACACCAUCGACAUUGCUCCCAACCACAGAGUGGGAACCAAAAGGUACAUGGCUCCAGAGGUACUGGAUGACUCCAUAAACAUGAAACACUUCGAGUCCUUCAAGAGAGCUGACAUCUACGCCAUGGGCCUAGUGUUUUGGGAGAUAGCCAGCCGCUGCUCCAUGGGAGGCAUUCAUGAGGACUAUCAGCUGCCUUAUUAUGACCUGGUCCAAUCAGAUCCUUCGGUAGAGGAGAUGAGGAAGGUGGUGUGUGAGCAGAAGCUACGGCCCAAUAUUCCAAACCGCUGGCAGAGCUGUGAGGCUCUGCGGGUGAUGGCCAAGAUCAUGAGAGAGUGCUGGUACGCCAACGGUGCCGCCCGCCUGACAGCGCUGCGCAUCAAGAAGACCCUGUCUCAGCUCAGCCAACAGGAGGGCAUCAAGAUGUAGACACAAGCACACAAACAC